AUGGGGAAGCCACGAAUGAUUAUUUUGGUGCGCCAUGCACAAUCAGAAGGCAAUAAAAACCGUGAUAUCCACCAAACCAUUCCUGACCACCGCGUGAAACUCACUCAGGAAGGCCGUGGACAAGCACAAGAUGCAGGUCGUCGUCUCCGAGACCUACUUCAUCCGGAUGACAAACUUCAUUUCUUCACAUCCCCAUAUCGACGAACAAGAGAGACUACUGAGGGGAUCCUUGAAUCCUUGACCUCCGACACUCCGUCUCCUUCGCCUUUCCCAAGACACACCAUCAAGGUCUAUGAAGAACCUAGGCUACGAGAACAAGAUUUUGGAAAUUUUCAGCCCUGCUCAACAGAAAUGGAACGCAUGUGGAUGGAACGGGCAGACUAUGGACAUUUCUUCUACCGAAUUCCCAACGGCGAGUCUGCGGCAGAUGCAUAUGACCGAGUGAGUGGGUUCAACGAAUCACUUUGGCGCCUAUUUGGUGAAGAUGACUUUGCAAAUGUCUGUGUUCUUGUCACGCACGGUCUGAUGGCACGAGUCUUUCUUAUGAAAUGGUAUCACUGGAGCGUGGAGUACUUCGAGGACCUUCGCAACAUAAAUCAUUGCGAAUUCGUGGUCUUGACGCAUAACCCAGACAACGGGAAAUAUACAUUGCAGAAUAAGUUACGUACCUGGUCAGAUCUUCGAAAAGACAGGGAGCGUGAAAAUGCAUCCAAGGAGCAGAUAUCUCUAUCUACAGCAUCUCCUGGUCAGACUGACCAUGUCCCAAUUCGGCGAAAGUGGGGUGGUUGUCCCGAUGGCUGUACUCAUGGCAUGACUUCAAAUGGGAAACAAGCAUUGCGACCAGGCCUGCUAAAUUCCAUGCACCACGCGCAUGGCCAUUCUCAACCCAAGCACCCUGAUGAACAUACUCACUUUGGCUCCAAGCUGCAUAAAUCCGUUUCUAUCGAUGAGGUAGCAUCGUCUUCAGAAGAUAGUGCAAGCCAGAACGAUCCCAGUCGUACACCCAACUCUCGGCAGGUCUCCUAUUCGCAGCUCACAGUGGACGACGAUUCCAGUCCAGAGACCCGACCAAAAAUCAAUCCACUACAAUCGAAUAAAAGACCCACUCUCCAUGGAAUCAACCGCAAGAGUGAAGACCAGUUUAUCCACCCUCCAACAGCCUCUUCUUCGUCCUCGGCCCAUCUCAAAUAUGCCCUCCUGCACCUCGGAGGUCGUGAUGGUGGUGGUUCAAUGAGCGGAGCAAACAGUCUUGCCCCAUCUGACGACGAGGGAGACGAACACGACCCCCAUCGACACUCUAUACCAACAGUUUCCAGCCUUAAGAACGGCAGCUUAUCCCACGCGAACCAGCAGCAUUUCAAAUUCCCGCCUCACGAAACCCAAGGCCCCACUCCAUCACAGGAAGUCGAAGACGACGGUGACGAUGAGAUGAGCGGCAACAUCAGUAAAAAGUGUACUAAAUCUCGCCCGCACCACCACCACCAUCACCACCACUAUCACCAUUCUUCUUCCGCAAGCCAACCUGAACACCGCAUGGCCAAUAUCCUUGGUGAUGGCGAUGAGUCCUCAAAUCCCUCAGACACACAAAGACCGGAAGACUCCAGCCAUGAAGACUUAUUAUCCCUGGAAGAACAACAGCAGCAAGACCAGAGUAUCCGAGGGAGCGUCUAUUAA